CUCGAGCGCCCUCUGCACCGACGCCAGAUAAACACCGGUCGCUCGCCCGCCAUAAAUUUCUCUUUGACCCAUUGCGAUAUCGUUGGCUUGGCUGUAAACAAUUAUAUUUCGAUCUCCGCAGUUGAUUUAUAGUAGCUGAAAAUGUCUGAUGACGGAUCGACGGCUGUGGAGAAGAAAGGACGCGGUAGAGCUAAAGCUAAUGGAACACAAUCAGAGGCUAAGGGUGAUACCAAGAAAAGGGGGAGACCCCCAGCAGCAACCAGGACUAAGGAAUCUACAAAAUCCUCAGAUGAUGAGCAAGCUCCAGUAGCGAAAAGAGGUCGAGGUAGGCCUAAGGGCUCCAAGAAAAAGGCAGCAGCUAAAGGCAAGAGUGCACCAGUUGAAGGAAGGGGCCGUGGACGACCACGUAAGGAUCCCGUAAAAGAUGCUGCUUCCACUGAUGAGGAACAGGAUGAAGAUUAUGAAGAUGAGGGCUCUGAGGAGCAGUAAAAUGUGUUUUGUUUUCUGACAUUACACUCACUCUUAGUGUAAUUUGUUUGUCACGAUAACUCUUUUUGUGUACUAUUGCAAUUCACUCAUUUCUUUGUAGAUCUUUACAUUGCAUUUAUUUGUAUAACUCUUUUGGACAAGCACUUGGGGUUAUCAUGACAGUACAAAAUUCUCAUCUGAGAUUGUCUACCCAAAUUUGAAUCAUGUGAGAACUUGUAUUAAUUUUGGACGCUUAGACUUUUGUGUGAUUAUGAUGCAUUUAUGUGGAAUAUUUAGCAAGUAAAAUAAAAAAAUCUCACUUGAAUAAAUUUGGGAUGACUUGGCUCUCCCUAGAAACGUACAACUUUUAAGAUUUAAUUUGUAAGAUCCUUUUUUGUAGAGUUUAUUCAAAUAGGUAUUUUAUUUUGUAAUCUCUUGAUUUAUAAUUCAUACAAUUUUGUAGAUCUAUUUGUUGACUUUAAAGUCAAGUAUUAUUUUAUAUAAUAAUAAAUAAAUAUUAUGUUUACUUUUCAAUUUAAUCUUAUUUUCCCUUUAAUGUAUUUAAUAUAUUAUAGAUACACUAGUGUUUUGUGAACAGUGUUAGUAAUAUCGUUAAGUGUUUUUGAUUGAUAAAUCACUUGGUAUGUUGCAAUUCCACAAAAUAUAGUAUCAUGUAGUGGUAUGGGUAGUGCCAUUUGUAUCAAUUUCUUUUUGUAUUUUGGCUGACUGAUCUUUUUUUAUUGACAUUUAUUGUGUGUAUGUGCGUGAAUGUACAAGUUUAGAACAAAAUUAAAUAAAUCUAUGAAAUCCA